AUGGCGUCUACUAAAGGUGUCGCUGCCGGGCGGAAGAAGGACGCCAUUCACUUCGUCAAUGCGCGCCCAGCAUCUGAGACGGAGCGGAUCAAAAUCCAGCGGCUGGUCCGCGCCCAUGUGGGCAAAUGGAUCUCCGACCAGACCAAAGAUCGUUCGUCCGGCCCAGAAUCGCCCGACAGCAAUCAAUCCCAGUCGUCCUCCUCGUCCCCAGAUGCCACCAGUCAGUCUCCGCCACAGGGUGCAGUUCCGCCCGGUCCAGGCCUCCAUUUGUUGACGCCUCCGAACGGCUCUCCGUCCCCCGCUGCUCUAACGCCUUCCGCCCUUCCCCUGACCUUCCCCUCACAACACACCCCUCCCUCUGGGACCCCCAUUCGCCGUACUUCAUCGGAUCUUUCCACGACGCCUUCUCCAGAAUAUGGAUAUGCCGACUGUCCGCCCUCGGCGCAGGGGGUGGCAGGCGAGUCGCGGUUCCAGUUUGAUCCGGAAGAUCUGGAGUUAUCCCCCGAGACCGUCUGGCAGUUCCAGCAACAGACUCUCGAUGAAACACCCUAUGAUCAAAGCGAAACUACGAAGAGGACUACGACUUCUGAUUCGUUCAGCGCACCGGCUCCCUCGUCGGCUACAUCUAUGGAUUUUAUUGAGAGCUUUGGUUGCGUCGCCGUCGAUCCGUUUCAUACGAACCCAAUGGAUCUGGCAAGAACGGAAAUUGCGGCUACAGAAGAAUACUGUCUCUAUGUCCUGUGGCCCGGCCUAACCCCCGUCUCUCCCGGUCAGGAGACGCGACCAUCCAGCACCAGCUGGUUACCUCUCGCUUUGCAAGAUCGCACCUUAUUCACUGCCUUCGUGUUUGGUUCUCUAUCUCACAAGCGCCUUCGGUGGCUCAAUGGCUGGAUUGCACGGGAAUCCUUCCUGCCAGAAGAGCAGCGGAUUUUGCAAUGGUGUGAAAUGGAAACCAUCCAGAACGUCACGCGGGAAGUCAGUAAUCCCAGUCGAGCGGUCUGUGAUUCAGUAAUUCUCGCUGUCAUCUGCAUGGCACAUAAUGUCGCCGAAGAUCACGGACGGGGCAUCCAUCGGACGCCGCCAUUCGAUCCGCCGCUACCACGUCUGCAGUGGCUGGACGUCUAUGGGGCCCUUCCGCCGAACCUGGUCCAUAUCAAAGGUCUAGUGCAGAUGGUGCGGUUACGGGGAGGUAUCGAGAAUCUGACCCUCCCUGGGCUCGCUGCAACCCUGUCCUUCUCCGACAUUGUGACCUGCAGCACCUUCCUCAUGCCCCCCGUAUUCACCUUCAUUCCCCUCUUCCACGAGCGGCGAAACUUCACCCUGCAGAAAAUGCUCGGCUUCACAACCGCUGAUGUAGAGCGCCGAUACGCUCCCCUUCGAGACAUCGGCCUCACCGCCGAACUAGUAGAAGUCCUAUACGCCAUGCAUAUCUACAUGAGACUCGUCGAAGAGCACAUCAAAGCCCACCUCGUCAACCCCGACUACUCCCUCAUCUCCGACCAACGCAACCUCACCCAAUACACCCUCCUCUCCCUCCCCGCAGCCAGCCAGCUCGAGGGGUUUUCCGCCUACAAGCCACACGAAAUCAUCUACGAGGCCUGCCGACUCGCGGCCCUCAUCUACGGCGUUGGCGUCGUCUUCCCCCUCCCCUACCAAAGCACUCCCCUCGGCCAACUCGCCAAGCUCACCCAAAACGUCCUCCAAAUCUCCGACCUCGCCUCCACCUGGAGUCACCCCCAAGCCCGCAUCGCCCUCUUCUGGGUCCUCGUCCUCGGCGGCAUCGCCGCAGACGACCGGCCCGAACGAGCCUGGUUCGUCCACGUUCUCAGUCAAGCCGCCGCCAGCCACGGCAUCAGAUCCUGGGUCGACGCCCGCAAACUCCUCGGUCUGAUGGUCUGGUCUGAUCGUGCCUGUGACCGACCGGGUAGUGAUCUCUGGGCGGAGGUGAAACUAGCCAUGGUUAGAAUGGAUUGA